AGAGAGAUGGGGGAGCAACCCACAAUACUAUAAAUGUAAUACAUUCGUUUUGUUUUUUUAAUUAUUGUCAGUCAAAGUCGCGUAGAACGAAAGAAACACCAGAUCGAUAAGUGGCCAAUAUAUAAUAGUACGCAGUUUACAAAGUAACAUUAUUGUUAAAGCCCACGUAUUACCUAGUAAUUUAGUAUAUGGUUAAUAGAUAAUACACGUUCUUGUUGUUUAAAAGCGGUUUGAUGUUAUUCUAACCCAUUGUUGGACUUGCAACAUUUUACGUUAUCGCCAUAAAUAGUUACGGACUGAUCGAACUGUACGGAACCGGCACCAAAUUCAUUGUUACUUGUCUCCGCCUCUACACUCAUUAAAACCUCAUCCCUGUGCUGAGCAUGCGCUCUGUAGUACACACGGGGUGGUUGUUCGGUCUGUUUCGGGAUUGCCCGGACAUUUUCGCCUCUUUGUUUUACUGAAAGUGGAUUUAACUCGGAUUCAACCCAAUAUCCAACGAACUGCUCAGCUUGCGAACAGCCGCAUGCCGACGGCCCCGCCCAUGAUGCAGAGCUAACGGCCCACACGCCGCUGAGAAGAGACGUGGGAGCCGGUUCCUCCGCGGGAAACACAUGGCGGCGCUCGGAAACCCUGAAAUGCUGACCCGGAAGAUAAAGCUGUGGGACAUCAACGCCCACAUCACCUGCCGCCUGUGCGAGGGCUACCUGAUCGACGCCACCACCGUCACCGAGUGCCUGCACACCUUUUGUAGGAGCUGUCUGGUGAAGUACCUGGAAGAGAACAACACUUGUCCCACCUGCAGGAUAGUCAUCCACCAGAGCCAUCCACUGCAGUACAUCGGCCAUGACAGGACAAUGCAAGAUAUUGUGUACAAAUUGGUGCCGGGGCUCCAGGAAGAGGAAAUGAAAAAGCAGAGGGACUUCUACCAGAAGCUCGGGAUGGAGGUGCCAGGCGACGUCAAAGGAGAGCCGUGCAACGUGAAGGCUCACCUGGAUCCUCAGCGGAACGGCGAGGUGAAGACUGAGGACACAACCAGCAAGGAAACGGCCGAGGAGAAGCAGGAGGAAGAAAACGACUACCACCGCAGCGACGAGCAGGUCAGUAUCUGUUUGGAGUGCAACAGCAGUAAACUGAGGGGUCUGAAGAGGAAGUGGAUUCGGUGCUCAGCACAGGCGACCGUCCUGCACCUCAAGAAGUUCAUCGCCAAAAAGCUCAACCUUACGUCCUUUAACGAGCUGGACAUUUUAUGCAAUGAAGAAAUCUUGGGCAAGGAUCACACAUUGAAAUUUGUAGUUGUGACAAGAUGGAGAUUUAAGAAAUCCCCCCUUCUUUUGCAUUAUCGACCCAAAAUGGAUUUGCUGUAAUGGGACAAAUUUGGUUGAACUGGCCUCCCUGGCCUCAUUACCCUGGACCCCUUCUAUUUAUGCACAGAUGAUCAUCCCAGCAAAGACACACACACACACACACACACACACACACACACACACACACACAAGCGCAAACACACUCACACACCCUC